AGGAAGAUUGGCCAUAUCAGCAAAUUCAAAGCAAAUGUGGUUCAGUGCCAUCAGUAGAGGAUUCAGUAGCGAUGUCGGUUCUGGUGCAACGAAACGAAUUUGCAUAGUUGGUUCGGGACCGGCUGGAUUCUACGCUGCACAGUUCAAACACUUGAAUGGAAGUGUGGUGGAUGUAAUUGAAAAAUUGCCUGUUCCAUUUGGUUUAGUACGUUAUGGCGUUGCGCCCGAUCAUCCCGAGGUGAAAAACGUUAUUAAUACUUUUACUAAAACAGCUGAACAUAAAAACUUCAAUUUUUGGGGUAACGUAGCGUUAGGCAAAGAUGUAAGCUUGCAAAAUUUGCGAGAACGCUAUCAUGCAGUUCUGCUGACUUAUGGAGCAGAUCAGGAUCGUCAGCUGAACAUACCUAAUGAAGAUCAGCCAAAUGUGCUGUCUGCUCGUAAGUUUGUGGAAUGGUACAAUGGCCUGCCAGGUGCACAACACUUAAAUCCCAAUUUGCGUGGGCAAACUGUGACAAUUUUAGGGCAAGGCAAUGUUGCUGUGGACGUGGCGCGAAUGUUACUUAGUCCAUUGGAUGUUUUGCGCAAAACAGAUACUACUGAAUAUGCUUUGGAGACGCUUUCACGCAGCAAAGUCGAGCAAGUUUAUUUGGUUGGCCGACGAGGUCCUUUACAGGCUGCUUUCACUAUAAAAGAAUUACGUGAAAUGUUAAAAUUACCAAAUGUGCAAACACUGUGGAGACCCGAUGACUUUACAGAUGUCCAUGCACAAAUACCCAAUUUACCGCGGCCACGUAAACGCCUCACUGAAUUGAUGCUGAAGAGUUUGUCGGAACAGUCGGCAAGUACUAGCAACAAGAAACAAUUCUUGCCCAUAUUUUUGCGAGCUCCAAAAUUUAUUAAGGAUAACAAAAUCGAAUUGACCGUUACAAAACUACAAAACGAUAUAGCUGUGCCGACUAACCGAUCUGAACAGCUUCAAGCUGAUUUACUACUCCGCAGCAUAGGCUACAAAUCUACUUGUGUCGAUGGUGGAAUUUGCUUUGAUAAGCGCAGUGGCUGUGUAUACAAUGAAUAUGGUCGCGUGUUAAAGGAUGCGGCUAGCAAAACAGUAGACAAGGGCCUUUAUGUAGCGGGUUGGUUGGGUACUGGUCCUACAGGUGUUAUUUUAACGACUAUGAAUGGUGCUUUCAGCGUCGCAAAAACAAUAUGUGAUGAUAUUUUGUCAAAUGAAGUGGAUACUAGCAAAGCUAAACUAGGUUUGGAAGCAAAGCAAUUUAAACGUCUUGUUACAUGGUCACAUUGGGAGCGCAUCGAUCAAGCUGAGAUGCAAGCGGGGCAAAAACUAUGUAAACCACGCGAAAAGUUUGUAGAUGUUGAAGAAAUGCUCAAAGUGGCUGGACUUUAGCCCAUAGUACGAACGCAAAAAUAACUAGAUAUGGAACGUAGAACGUAGGAUAUAAGUGAAAAGGUGAAUGUCAAAAAAUAUAUUAUAUUUAUAUUUUUUCUAUCUUUUAAAUUUUACUAAAACAA